CCGCGGGGCGGGGGGGGGGGGGCGGCUGCACCCCGCCCCGGCGGUGCGGCCGGGCCGGGCGGCGGGGGUGAGACAUGGGGCUGCUGGAGCGGCUGCGGAAGGAGUGGUUCAUCCUGGGGAUCGUGCUGGUCAUCGCGGCGGCGCGGCUGGAGCCCGCCGUCGGCGUCAAAGGGGGACCCCUGAAACCAGAAAUUACCAUAACUUACAUUGCUGUUUCAGCUAUAUUCUUUAACAGUGGACUCUCCUUAAAAACUGAGGAGCUGACAAGUGCUUUGAUGCAUGUGAAACUACACCUUUUUGUCCAGAUUUUUACACUUGUGUUCUUCCCAACAGCAAUAUGGCUCUUUCUUCAGCUAUUAUCAAUCACACCUAUAAAUGAAUGGCUUUUAAAAGGCUUGCAGACAGUAGGCUGCAUGCCACCUCCUGUGUCUUCUGCAGUAAUUUUAACCAAAGCUGUUGGUGGAAAUGAGGCAGCUGCUAUAUUUAAUUCCGCUUUCGGAAGUUUUUUGGGCAUUGUUAUAACUCCACUUCUGCUUCUGCUUUUUCUUGGAUCAUCCUCCUCUGUGCCUUUUACAUCUAUAUUCUCACAGCUGUUUAUGACUGUUGUAGUCCCCCUUAUUAUUGGACAGAUUGUCCGAAGAUACAUCAAGGACUGGCUUGAAAGGAAGAAGCCUCCAUUUGGCGCUAUCAGCAGCAGUGUGCUCCUGAUGAUCAUCUACACAACGUUCUGUGAUACUUUUGCCAAUCCAAAUAUUGACCUUGAUAAAUUUAGCUUGAUCAUAAUAGUGUUCAUAAUAUUUUCUGUUCAGAUGAGCUUCAUGUUUUUGACUUUCCUCUUCUCUACAAGGAAUAACUCUAGUUUCACACCAGCAGACACAGUGGCUAUCAUUUUCUGUUCCACACACAAAUCCCUCACCCUGGGGAUUCCAAUGCUGAAGAUAGUAUUUGCGGGUUAUGAGCACCUGUCCUUAAUUUCUGUCCCCUUACUCAUCUAUCAUCCUGCUCAGAUUCUUCUUGGCAGUCUGUUGGUACCAACAAUAAAAUCUUGGAUGGUUUCUAGGCAAAAGGCACUGAAGUUAACCAGGCAGCCCAAAACACCCGCGAAGGUAUAAUUAUGGAGAUGGCCUGUGUCACAGUGAAUGUAUAUAUGUACUAUACUGUACACACAGACAAUUGAGACAACUGGGUAUUUGUGAAUGUUGCUUCAGUGCAUAUUUUAUUUUUAUAUAUAUAAAAAAAUAUAUAUAUAUUAAAAAGAUACCUGUUAAGUGCCUUACAGAUGCAUUUUUGGCAAAAGCAUUGUUUCCAGAACCACUUUGUUGGUUACAGCAAGAGGUUGUACAGUAUUUUGGAGUCCUUUAGUUUUUAUUUUUCUAACUGAGUGAACGAUUGUGACUAACAGCUGUUUCUUCCAUUGCCCCUGCUUUGAAGCCAGGGUGCACCAGCUGUAUGUCUCUGUUUUAAACUAGCCAAAAUGACCAGAAGCCUAUCCCACUGCUGGCUUACCCUGGGGAAGAGCUUUCUGAAGGUUCUUUUUUUCCAAGAUUGACUUGAAUUUCUGUGUGACUCUGUUACACUCCCUAGUCAUAUGACUGUGACAUGCCUUUUUCUUCUGAGUUUGUGUAUACUCAGCAUGGGGCCAUCCAUUGGAUAGAAGCUGAGAAGCAUGAAUUAUUUGCAUUUGUUGACACAGUUGUCUAGACAUUCCUUCAAAGUUAAUGGUUUCUCAAAAAAAUUCUUUCAAUUCCAUUGUAUGAUAUUGUGCCAUUGUAUAUCUUAAAUGCCUCAUAAGCUUCUUCAAAGAAAUGGUCUGGUGUUUGGGUUAUGAGUGAAGUAUUUGUGUUUGCAACUAGGAGAUCUUUUAUAAUUUACCCCUGAAGAACACAAAUUUUUGUUUUUCUUUUUUCUUCUCCUUUACCUUCUCCCCGUGCAAUGCACGGAGAUCUGCAGUGACAGAAUUUAGGAUGCUAAUAUUGAAACAGAGUCUUUAUUGUAGUAAGCCAAGCUAUGUUUUCUAUAUUGCUGCAUUGGUAAUGAAUAACAGCUUGUGAGGACAAGGAAGUUGACUAUUUUUUUUUUUCCCCAAUUAAAAGGAUCCUUACAGUAACAGAGAUGCUAUCUUAGCUUAUUUGACAAUCAGUCACAACUUGUUAAAAAAUAAAAUGUUACUCUUUUAAAUAAAAUUAUAUAGAAAAAGAAUACAAAGUACUAUUUCUAAUGUCGGUGUUGAAGAGAAAGGAACGCAGGCGUAUAUUUAAACAUAUAGCCAGCACUGCAUCUUGUCUGGGAGAUGACGAUUUCAGAAGCAUGCUCUAGUCCAGACUCUGAGGUGUACCCAACUGAAAAAAACUGUGCUGGCAAUUGUGCAGUAAAACAUUAAAAGGAGUGAAAGAAAUAGGUCAAACUGGGAUCAAUAUAAAUGCAGAAGUUUCAUGUGUGUCAUGGUAAAUAUUGCCUUGGUGCACGUGCGUGCAAACACCUAGGAGCAGAACUUUAGCAGAUGUAAAUUAUCAUAGCUCUGAUAUGGCUACCGCCAUUUACACAAGCUAAAGAUCUUUCAUAUGACAAUAGGCAUAUGAAAUUCAUAUUCUUCUGCCUUAGUGAAAAAUACUGUGUUUGGUUUACCUAGUCUAGUCUGUUAGUCCUGUGAACAACAGGAAAGUAGCCUGGUACCAAUUGUCGGUGCUUUACCUGACGGUCAGUCGGUGCAAGACCGCUCUGUUGCCAUCUGUAUGAGAAACAACUGGGAGCUGACAGCGUCACUUGGUUCAGAAUUGUCAUCACCAAUAAAAUGACUACGUAACGGAGGUAUGUGAGGUGGCAACAUGCUGAAUUCUUUCAUUCCCUGCAGGGGAAUGAGCAGCGGGAGGGCUGGGGACUCUGCCCACCACCCGUGUCCCCCAGGGCUGUGCUCUCUCCUCACUAGCCACUGAUGCAAAGGGCAGUGGGCAGUGAGCUCACACUUUUGAUCAGAGCAUAGUCAGAUCCACCAACAGGCCAACCCGCGAGGUAACUGGAGGACAGCAUGCAUUGGCCCAAAUUUGAGGUUCCCCUUCCAUAAGCAUGCUAACCAGUAACUGGCUCCAUGUGGGAAAAAAUGCCUUUGUCUGGGCUUAAAAACCCUGCUUGCAGCGGAGAGUUCUGACCUGGGACAGUUUCUUUUUGUUCUGUUUCCAUAAACCUGAACUUCCAGAGUAUAUAAGGACUUAAUCCCAAUCCCACUGAAAUUGAUGACUCUUUCUGUUGGUUUUGAAUAGCAAAGCAACAGGCCCAGAAAGAGUGCUCAAUUUUUUUAAAUACAUAGGAAGAGUUCAAGCAUACAGUAGCUUACUGUGGUUGUGUCAAUGCUAAAUAGUCAAAACACUGCAAGUACCCCUACUGAGCUACCUCUACGUACUGAACCUCUGACUUUCAGUACAUCCGACAACUUGCUUAGAUUCCACUGAACACAUCCUUUUUUCUUUGUUAAAUUUUUUCUACAUUGAUGAAUAUUUCAAACUGGUUUAAGAUGGAGUUUUGUUAGAGCCUUUACAAAGUCCUUGUUGAUUGCUUGGGGCAGCCUAAAUAUUGUGUAUGAGUGUUGGAGGUGUUGGUCUAAAGGGAAUAUAAAGUAAAACUGAAAUACAUAUGUUAAAUCUGUACUUAAUGAAACUUAAUUGUGUAUAUCAAUUCUGUUAUGUUUAAAGACUGUUAAGAAGUUGGUUUCAUGACUUGUUAUUAUGCCUAUAUGUCUUUAAUAAACAGAAUGGUUUUGAAUUUAAUUUUGUUAAUAGGAAAGCAAGAUAAAAUUACUUAUCCUCUAGGUCAACUUUUACCUCAGUUUUGUUCUUUUGUGGAUAAGCUUUUAAACCGUUUGCUUAUUCCUUAAAAAAAAAUAAUCUGUGAAAUAUACGGAAAUAUUUUGUGAACUAAACUUGGGGAAAGAAAAUCUUCAGAUUACUGCAAAUUAUCAUCAACUGAAAAUUAAUUUCUUGAAGUCCACAAGUUUUUCAGUAGAGGAUUAGAAUGGUUCUGAAUCUUUUCAACUUCCUGGCUUUAAAUUUAACUGAGAGAUACCUGGUACUGAACGUAAUCAGGCAAAACUGGUGGUAAAUGAGAACUUUGCCCAUGUUAAAACAGAAGGAUUUUCAUGAUCAUCAACACUUAUCUUCUGCAUAUCUAUAACUCCGUCUAGUGAUGGCAGAGGAAAAAAAUGCCCAAACAAUAAAAGAGCACUUCAGAGGUCACAGGAAGUCUUAGCACUUUGUGAUGAGUUACUCAAACAUUUUGUUUCCCUUUUUGUGCACUAAAUUGAACAGCUUUUGAUGGCCCUGGUAGUAGGUCCAAGACAAAUCAUUUUUUACAUAGUUAAAAUUGUGGUGGUGUUUUUUCUUAUAGAUCCUUAAAUUGUGGUGGUGUUUUUUCUCAUAGAUCCUUUAAUUAAUGUGAAUAGGUUAUAUGACAGAAAAGGCAAUCUCAGCAGAAGCUGCACAGUUGUGCUUGUUCACAGAGCAAAAGGAAAGUAAUCCAGCAGUUUGGUUUUACAGAAACAGUCCCCAACCUUAUUCUGGCAGUCAGGGAAAGAGAAGCUGUUAGUUUUAUUUGUGUACGGUUUUCUGUGGAAAUAUCUUGACAGCAGGAGGUUAGAAGGCAAGAUGAAAUAUUGUCUGUCUUCAAGCACAUUUAUUUAUGUGCAAGUGCAUACGUGCAUAAGAGAUGAGCAGUUAUGUAUGUAGAAAUCACUAGAAAGGACCAAGUCUCUGGUAUACAUUUUUUUUGCAAGACUGCAUAUGGAGAAAGAGCUACUUUUUUGAUGUUAUUCUGACAUUAAAAAUGAAAUUUCAGACACUGA